ACUACUGAUGAUUCGGAAAUUGAAGAGCGUCUGCUAGUGAUUUACUGCCGUUCCGGGAGACUCGGCGCUGCCUACUACACUCUACAGACAGGAGAGCUAUUUGUACUGGACGAGAUCGUAGACCGUCCGCCGGAGCACCAGAUCCUGUGCAGCCUGUUCCGGCAGGUCCAUCCGAUGCUGGUGCUGCUCGAUGGCAAGGCGCCCGCCGGUUGCGUCAGCGUCACCAAGUCUCUGGUGUUUGCAGACUUCAGCGCCGAUGAAGACGCUCACUGCAAGCUGCAGUUCAUCUCUUCCAAAGAAUAUAACUACGAGGCGUGUCGGCGGCGCGUGCUGUCGCUGUCGCUGGCGCAGGAGCCUGCGCAGUGCUCGGGGGCGGAGCGCGAGGUGUUCCUGCGCACUGCGCUGGAUCUGGGCCAGGCGCUCAGCGUGCACGCGCUCGGCGCCCUGCUGCGCCACCUCGACCUCAACUGGGCCAAUCUCAGCCUCAACCUUUACGGCAAACCAGAGUUUCUCAGCUUGAAGAGAAUCUCACUUGCAGACAUAGUGUGCAUAGACGAGGACACGUACAGCGGGCUGCAAGUGUUCAGUGCACUGGCGCACCCCGCGGGGCUGCGGCGCGGCGCCCGGGGCUCCGCACGCGAGGGGCUCAGCCUCUACCAACUGCUCGGCAAGUGCGCCUCCCGCCUCGGACACGCCGCGCUCAGAGUACUGAUGCGUCACCCCAGCUCCGACCUGGCGACGCUGCAGCAGAGGCUGGACGUCGUAGAGUUCUUCACGCGGCCGGAGAACGACAGCCUCAUGCGGAAUAUAUGCUCCUCCCUCAGAUACAUCAGGAACGUAAACGGCAUCCUUGCAAAAAUUAAAGCGUUGUCAGCCAAACCUUACCAGUGGAAGGCGCUUUACAAUACUUUAUACCACGCGGUGCUGAUCUCCGAGCUGUGCGAGGACGCGGGGGAGAGCGGCGGUCUGCUGCGGGACCUCGCCAACACCGACAUACAGCAUCUGUACGAGAUGGCGUUAAGCAUGAACAGGAUCAUAGACUUCGAGCUGUCCAAGACGGAGGGCAAGUUCACGGUGAAGGCGGGCGUCGACUCAGACCUCGACCUCAAGAAGCAGACGCUGGCGAGCCUGCACGGGCUGAUGUCGGAGACGGCGAAGGUGGAGCUGGCGCGGCUGCCGGAGUGCGUGAGCGAGUGCAGCAUGCUGUACCUGCCUCAUCUCGGCUACCUGCUGGGAGUGCGCGCCUGGAGACCGCAUCUCACCGCCUCGCAGAAGGAACUGCCCAACAUGAAGUUCAUGUUUCAAAACAACGACUACAUACACUACAAGAGUAAGGGCUGUGAAGAGCUGGACCUGAUGAUAGGCGACACGUACCCGGAGAUCGUGGCGCACGAGACGCGCAUCAUGAUGCGGCUGUCGGCGCUCGUGCUGCAGCAUCUCCACACCCUGGCCGCACUCGUCGACAAGUGCGCACAUCUCGACUGUCUGAUAGCAAUGGCGAAGGUAGCCAAGGAGAUGAACUUCGUCCGUCCUACGCUGACGACGGAGAAGGUGAUCAGAAUCAAGCAGGGGCGGCACCCGCUGUACGCGGCCUCGUGCGACGCGCUCGUACCCAACGACGUCGAGAGCGGCCUCGAAGUGGGGCUCGUCAAGAUCAUCACCGGCCCCAACGCCAGCGGGAAGUCCGUCUACUUGAAGCAAACCGGUCUGAUAGUGUAUUUGGCACACAUCGGCAGCUUCGUGCCGGCCGCCGCGGCCGAGGUAGGGCUGGUCAGUCACAUCUUCUCCCGCAUCAAGUCCACCGAAUGUGUCGCCGCGCACAUGUCCGCCUUUCUCAUCGACCUCCGGCAGAUGGCGCUGACGCUGCGAGAGUGCACGAGCAACUCGCUGGUGAUAAUAGACGAGUUCGGUAAAGGCACGGCGGAGGGGGACGGGCGCGCGCUGCUCGCCGCCUGCCUCAACGCGCUGCUGGUGCGCGAGCUCCGCUGCCCGCACGCGCUGCUCGCCACACACUUCCUCGACAUACACCAAUACAUACUCGACACUCCGCUCGUCACCUUCCUUAGGAUGGAUCACGUGUUGCGUGGGGGGGAGCCGGUGGCGCUGUACCGUGUGGUGGAGGGCGGAGCGCCCAGCAGCCUGGCGCACCACGUGGCGGCGGGCGCGGGCCUGGCGCGUCUGUUGCCGCGAGCUGACACUGUCGCAGUCUGCGCCAAGGUCUCCGCACAUAUCUACAUACAUGUGCCGGACAUUUAUCUUAAAUAUGUAGAAAAGAACAAAGAUUUGUGA